AUGCAGGCGGUACCAAAAUCACAGGACUCUGAGGUAGAAAAACUUUCUGACAGAAAUCGCAAACAUUCUCAAAGGAAAAAGUUUAUUCAGCAAUUAUCCGAAAGCAAAAUAUGCAAAUAUAUGGAAUGCAUGCAAUCUAACAACAAAUAUAAGAAUCAAAUUGGAUUUAGUAGUAUGCACAAUUGCGCUCAAUGUAAUAUGGAAGUAAUUACGGAAUGUACAGUAAACAAGAAUAACGAUUUAAUAAUUCAUACAAAUGCAUGCGAUGACAAGUCGGAUGUUCACAAUACGACUACAAUUAAGAAAGCACUAGCGCCUUCUCCAAUUUGUAAAAAUACCCUCGAUUCAGAAUUAACCACUACAAAUCCAUUCUUUAAUUAUAAUUAUAAUCAAAUUAAUGAUGAUAAUAAUGGUGCUGACUUAGCAAAAUGCGUACAUUGUGGUAGUAGAAAUGUCUCAUUAGUACUUCAUGAUUUUAAUGGGCAAGCGAUGAACAGAUCAAGUGCAAAUUUGAGUUCUCAUAAGGAAAGCUACGACAGUAAUGUUAUUUUGGAGAAUUCUGCAAGCAAAUAUCAUAAUAAUGAAGAUCAAUGUAAAAAAGAUCAUCAACCUGGAACACGUGAAAACUAUGUUCAUCGACAUUGUCAAUGCAGUGAUUGCAUACAAAAUUAUUCUGCCAAAUCAGAAGGCAAUACAAAGCAGGAGGAGAAAUCAGAUACUGAUAGUUUUUUUGAUGAAAUGGAUUCUAUAUCUGAGACAAGUUCUAUACCUUCUGCACGAAUUCAGAGAGCACCACAUAAUUUGAAUUUGAAUUUGGAAAAACAAGAAAUAUCAUCAAAUAAAAUGUCUAAUCAGAGUUCAAAAUUAGAAACAAUAGCUAUGAGUGAUGACAUGAGAACAAGUUUUGAGAAAUGUGAUUCAAAUAUAAUGUCACAGGGAUCGCAAAUAUCACUUUUUACUGCUAUUAAGGAGUCAAAAAGUUUCACUGAACGAAUUCUGAAAACGCCGAGAGUGACAGAAUCUGAAAAUACAACAACUGAUGAAUCUGAAUUUUCACUUCUCACAGCUAAACAGGGUUCAUUGGCACAAAUUUCGGCUUCUGAACUGAAUCAGUUGUCAACUGCACAAGCUAUAUCGGAGUUAAGCUUAUCAAGUGAUAAGACUGCACUAGGCGAUCACUGCACAUUACGUGCUGAAUCAGUUAUUAUGCCUUCUGAAAUGUCUGCAUCAACAAUCAAACGUGUCAAAAGUUUGCCUGAUUCGAAGUCAACGUGGGCAGCUAAAUUCAGUACUUGCAUGGAUAGUAAUGCACCAAUGAGAACUGAAUUUUUCAAUUGCAAUAAUUAUUCAUCAGAAAUUAAAAAUAUGAUUGCUCAUAAAUUAUUACAAUGGUUUAACAAUCCUGCUAGAGAACACUUGUCGGACAAUUAUGAAGAACUAAAUCAUUCUAAGAAUUCUGUGUUAAAAACAGCUUCAGAAGAAAAUGAAAAUGAUAUAUCUUCAAUAAAAACAGCAAAAUCAAUCAGUGGAGCUGAUAACGAGCAAAUCUCCAGUGAUAAGCAAGUAAUGAUAAAGAUCGGUAACGAAGAUGAAGGGGAACAUGCACAAAAUAUCACGGUUAAGUGUGAACUCAAUAUUUCAAUACGGAUACGCCAGAACGAAUUUUUAUCAUCACCAGAAUUCAUUUUGCAAAAACUUGCUGUAGAUGGCAUCAACGUGUAUGACAUGACGAACGAACAAACUUGA